AUGAUAUGCAUUUCUUUCUUUUCCUUUUUUUUUACCUUCUCAUUCUUUCUUUCUUUCUUUCUUUCUUUCUUUCUUUCUUACCAGCAUUUUAUUUUUUUUUUUGUUAUCUCCAGGCGUUUCUUUCUUACUUUCUUUAUUUACCAGCGUUUUCUCUUGCUAUGUUUUGUUAUCAAACCGGCGUUUCUUUCUUUCUUUCUUUCUUUCUUUCUUUCUUUCUUUCUUUCUUUCUUUAUGUUUGUACAUUUCUUUUUCUUCUUCCGUCGUUUCUUUUCUUUCUUUCGCCAUUCAUUUGUUUGUUUGCUUCCUCUUACAUUUGUUUUUCUUCUUUCUUUCUUUCUUUCUUUCUUUCUUUCUUUCUUUCUUUCUUUCUUUCUUUCUUUCUUUCCUACUGGCGUUUCCACCUUUUGCUACCUACAAACGUUCCUUUCUUUCUUUCUUUCUUUCUUUCUUUCUUUCUUUCUUUCUUUCCUACUGGCGUUUCCACCUUUUGCUACCUACAAACGUUCCUUUCUUUCUUUCUUUCUUUCUUUCUUUCUUACUGGCGUUUCCACCUUUUGCUACCUACAAACGUUCCUUUCUUUCUUUCUUUCUUUCUUUCUUUCUUUCUUUCUUACAAGCGUUUCCUUCUCUCUUUCUUUCAAAGCUGCAAACGUUUCUUUCUUUCUUUUUCUUACUUUCUUCCUUUACUACAAGUGUUUCUUUCUUUCAAAACUACAAACGUUUUUCUUUCUUUCUGUCUUUUUUCUUUCUAUCUUUUCCUUCUUUCUUUACCUCAAGCGUUUCCUUCUCUCUUUCUUUCAAAACAACAAGCGUUUCUUUCUUUCUUUAUUUCUUUCUUUUCUUUCUUUCUUUCUAUCUUUCUUUCUUUCUUUCGCAGCACUUCUUUCUUUGUAUCUUUCUUUCAUUACUACCGGCGUUUCCACCUUUAAUUUUGCUAUCUACAAACGUUCCUUUCUCUCUCUCUUUCUUUCUUUUUUACAAACGUUCUCUUUCUUUCAAAACCUUUCUUUCUUUCUUUUUCUUUCUUUCUUCCUUUAUUACAUGCGUUUCUUUCUUUCUUUCAAAACUACAGAGGUUUUUUUUUGUUUUCCUGUCUUUUUCUUUCUUUCUAUCUUUUUCUUUCUUUCUUUACUACAAACGUUUCUUUCUUUCUUUCUUUCAAAACAACAAGCGUUUCUUUCUUUCUUUCUUUCUUUCUUUCUUUCUUUCUUUCUUUCUUUCUUUCUUUCUUAUGAAUGUUUGUUGACCUCUUUUCAAAUACUGCGUUUAUCAUAA